GCCGCCGGUGUCUACUUAGCUUCCAAUUCGGAAGAGGUCCUCGUCUUCGCCAACGGGAAAUUGGAGCUCCUUUCUGUUCGGCGGCGCAAACUUCGAUAAAAAGAAGUUCGCCGGCGUUUUUAAUCGCUUUAAGGACAAGAAAGAAACCGAUAGUAAAGUGGAGGACUUGCCGUUGUUCCAUAAAGGAAGCCUCCAACCAGAGGAACGCUCAGUUUCCACCAAGAAGAGAAAGCAAAAGCCAGUUGCUUCAGAAUCAUUAAGGGAUUCAGUGUGUUUAAGACUUCAAAAACAGCACCUGUGGUGAAAGAAGAGAAUGAAAAAGAUGAAGAUAAGCUUUCAAAAGAAAAGAAGGAGCUUUACAGAUAAUUGGAGCGCGAUGUGAUUCUGCAGAAGAAAUAUAAUGUUCAUGUUUCUGGGAAUAAUGUCCCAUCCCCACUUAAAGAUUUUUCAGACUUUAAGUUCAAGACAUGGAUGUGAAUCCUAUUUGGUACGCAAUUUUGCUGAACUUGGAUUUAAAGAGCCAACACCAAUUCAAAGGCAGGGUAUUCCUGUUCUUCUAUCUGGUCGAGAGUGCUUUGCUUGUGCUCUUACUGGAUCUGGGAAAACAUUGGCUUUUGUGUCUCCCAUGCUUAUGAAACUUAAAGGUAUAUUUUUUAGCUUUUAAUCAUUUAUACUGGAUAUUGUUCCUCACUUCCUUGGGGUUUAUUCGAUUAACUUUAUUCAUAUGUCAGCAUGCAUCAACUGCUGGCAUAAGAGCAGUUACUUUGUGUCCUACACGUGAGUUAGCUGCUCAGACAACCAGAGAGUGCAAGAAGCUUGCAAAAGUAAAAAAAUUUCACAUCAAGUUUAUUUUCUUUCUCUUGACAAUACAGUGACAUCAGAGGCCAAUAUAUGAUCAGUCCAUCA